AUGUCCACAACAAGAGUCGGACUGCUUAGAUUGGCGGUAGUCUGCCGACUGCCUGCUUGCGAGGGUCUCCACGAUGCACGACGCUACAACUUGCCGUCGACACCCAUCACCAUAGCCAGCAUUUUAGCUUUUCCUAUGGACAUACAGUGUAAGAUCGCUGUGGUCCAGUAUGAACGAGCUGACUACAGAGUAGGGACGGAGGAGCACCUCCACUGGGCCAUAGUGGUGCAAACGGAGAGGCUCGAUCAGGAUCUUCCAUGUUUCCAGGUAUUCGACCGCCACUACAGUGACAGCCGGGGAGUGCAAUGGCACUUGUUCGAUCGAGACAUCUCGCUGCUCAAAAUGCGGAAGUGUUUGGGCGGCAUCUCAAUUGGCAGUGUCAAGUACAGCCGGAUUAAGGCGCUCCGGGAGGUCAUCUCUGGCAAAGGCCCUGUGCCGAAGUUCCCUGAGUGGAAUUAUAGAUACUGGAUGAUUGAAGUCAUCCAGCUGUUCGCUGAGCAGGGGUGGAUCAGUACGAGCAUUCUGGACCAAGCGACACUCCUUCCGUCGAUGAGGAUCGCCAGCGUCACUACAAAGGCCGCUUACACCGGUUCUCCGCGUCCGAUCCGCGUCCGAUACCAGUCAUCAUCGACCUCACAGUCUGAGUCUCCGGUAGCUUUGACAACUUUGGGCGGCAUCAGAAUAGACUGGCGCGGUCCGCCCGACACUACUGGCCCUACACUAUUGCUACCGCACAUGGUUGGAGGUGGACAAGACAAUAAGCAUGGGUUCUCGGACUCAAAUUCCCCUAGUGGCUCCUGA